CGCCGCCCGCCAUGGGGGCCCGGGGUCCGGGCCGCGCGCUGGAGCGCCUGCUGGGCCUCUACUUCCUGGCGCACAUCCCGCUCACCCUGCUCUUCGACCUGCAGGCGCUGCUGCCCCCCGGGACCUACCCGACACAGUUGACAGACCUGAUGAAGUGGUACACAGAGACCUUUAAGGACCCCCUGAUGUUGGAUCCCCCAUCCUGGUUCAAGUCGCUGUUGUGGUGCGAGGUUUUGUUUCAACUUCCUCUGUUCCCCAUCGCAGCGUACGCCUUCUUCAAAGGAAGCCGCAAGUGGAUCCGGAUCCCUGCCAUUAUCUACUCGGUCCACCUGAUCUCGAUUUUGAUUCCAGUCUGCACGCACAUCCUGUUCCAGAAUUUCCCCAAAAGCGCACACAAAGGGCCUCAGACCCUCCGGGAACGGCUCACCCUUUUAUCUUUCUACGCCCCGUACUUCCUCAUCCCGCUCACGCUCUUGGUCUUCAUGCUGCGGAGCCCCCUUUACAAACCUGAGGAGAAGAGGAAAAAGAAAUAGGGUCCGCCCGUGGCCGUUUCCAAGGGAGAAGACGCGCACGGGCCAGUCUCCAUCUCACCCCGCACACUGAGGACUGGGUUUGGGCUCGGCCUCUUGGGGCCUCCCGACACAGCGAUAGCAACGAUGCGCCAGAGCGAGAGGGCCGGCACGGAAGCCAGUCGGAACCCUUAACUUCCCAAGAAAACGAACCGAGCCAUCGCCCCAGCUGGGAGGAGGGACGGGGUGGGACGAGGGCCAGAAGAUUGACCUUUCAGGGUUCCGGGCACCGGGUCUCCCCCCCGGGGGCUCACCUGGGAGGGGGUCUCUACGGGGCCCGCCGCACGCCCUGCUCUCCGCACCCGACGACCGCUGCCGCGUACCCUGCGAGCUGACCCCGGGACGCCCUGGGAUGAAGCCGGGUUUCGGCGAAGCCGCUCUGCGGUCUGGCCCAUCAUCCAGGGCCACCUUCUGACCUCCGUCCCCGCUUCCACAUUCCAAAUAAUUUGUCUCUCCCUCCAGCCUAAGAACGGGAAGGGCCAAGAAAGCCUGUAUUUGUCCCAGUGGUGGAGACUGCGGCCAAGGCAAGGAUUCUCAGUUCAUCGCUCAACACUCCCGAGUUCUCGGCGACUUUGGGAAAGUGCAUUUUUUUCAUUUUUUUUUUAUAAAGCAGGCACGGGGAUGCAGAGGCACUGUGACCUGGAAAGUGAUGUGGGGGGGUUUUGUAGGGGUGGGGGAGGAGAAGAAAGGAGGAAUAGAUGAAUCAGGCAGAGGUAGAAUCAAGAAAGAGUCCACUCGAAGGCAACGGUUACUUCCAGGCCUGAGGGUGUCCCCAUUAGUGGGGAAGCCAACACCAGGGAGCGGGUGGCUGGCCGGCAAGCGGUGGCCGGCUCAUGCCCACUCACCCUCCCUUGCGGUGGUCUUGCCUUCAAAUCCCUGAAGGAGAGCAGAACCCCUGCUGCUGUUCACAGGGGGUGCCAAGGAGCCGCAUGGAGCCUGAGCUCUAAGGUAUCUCAUCCACAAUGAAAAGCGAAAGCUACAUUCCAACCCAAGGAGCUCGACUACUAAUGACUGAUUAGUCAAUGAGACCUUCUCAAUGGUUUGCAAAUUUUUUUUUUUUUUUUGACGAGAUCCCUCUGAAUCACGCUCUUCUGUUGACACACCAGAAGGCCAGAAACCUAAGUCUGGGUCGUGUUUGCCUGUUCUUCUUCGAAGAAGCCCUACGCGUCGACGAGCUUCUCUCGGAGGUAGCCCAGGUCCUCCCUGCCCUCCCGCCUGGUCUGCCCCUCGGAUCCCCGUCUACUUCUCGCGCUGCCCGUUCCACGUUAAAUUCUUGCGCUCCAUCCCAAAUCCCUCCUGGGAUUCGGGUUCCCUCCCGUCUCGUGCCGUUUGUCCUCGGUAGAACCGGAGCACGCGGCCGUGGCGUUCCUCUCCCGCUCUCGUGAACUCGUUAGCCAGCGGCCGUCGUCGGCUCCCUGUCUUAAGUGUGUCAUUGAGGUGUCGUUCGUGGUCCCAGGCUGUUUCUUCCCAGCCUGCUUUCUCUCCUUGUGGGGCAGGGUCAUAACUCACUGUAGGGCUAAGGAUGGAUUUGGAUUAAUUGUGUGAUUCUCGUAUAACUGAUAGAAAUAAAGGUACCGCUGGCCCUUCA